AUGCUUCUGCUUGGAAUCAAACGGACACUGCGCUCUUCCGGCCAUCCCUCAGCAGGAGGGCAGCAGAGAACAGAAAGAUUGACACUGUCUGUUGACUGCCCUUUCACAGCCCGUCAAACUGCCAACUACGCUGUGACGUCUGCACAAACCAGGCAAACGCGACUGCGAAUGUUGACGCGUUGUCACGUGCUGGAGGGCACAGUGUUUGCAUUAUCUGCAAUCACGCUCAACCUCACAAUCCUCCAACUUCUGCGGGAUUGCGGCAGCGAAUAUACGACAAGAACAUCGAAGUCCUUGCCCCAAGCAGUGCAAGUGGCUGGUAUUUUGCUGCGGAUUUCAAAAGACUUACUCCCAAUUCCUGGCCAGUCUGAUUCCCACCCACCGCCAUCGCUCCGCCGCCAACCAAGGAUCCCCAGUUUACCACUCCACUCCAAAGCUUGGCGCACAACCACCGUCAGAGCUACCGCCAGCGCUCCCACCACCACCACCAUGAGGAACAUAGAUUCUCCCUCGCAACACUUCCCUGAAGAAGCUGUCCACCCUCUACAUCCUUCACAGCAGCCCGCCGCCCUGCCCUCUACCAGCACCACCGACGCCACCACGGACGAAAAGCACGUCACAAUGUCCGGAGGCGGGCUGGACAAUAAUAGCCAGCAGCAGCAGCAGCAGCAGCAUCAACAACAACAACCACUUCCCACGACUACAGCCGCCCCGGCUACCUCCUCAAAUGACAUCAAUAUGGACACCAGAAAUGCGUCUGCAGCCUCGAUAUCGCAGGUUCGACCCGGCGGUGCUCCAGCGCGGGUUUACAUGAAUGAAAAGAUCGUGCCAUAUCUGUUGGAGGGGAUGAAGACGCUGGCGAAGGAGCAACCCUCGAAUCCCCUCCGUGUACUAGGGGAAUAUUUGCUGCAGAAGAGCAGUGAAAUUGGGGAAUGA